AUGAAUGAAGAUCAGGAAGAGUCAAUGGUGCCUGAUGUGGAGCAGAGAAGAGAUAACUGUACACGCGCCAUGCUAAUUGCUAAGUAUUGCCUUCGUGCCAAGCGGGUUUUCAGUGAGCUAAAUGAGAAACCUUAUGUUGUAGAGCUUGAUCUUCGAGAUGAUGGAGGUAAAAUCCAGUAUGUUCUUCUGGAUUUGAUAGGUCGAAGCACUGUUCCACAAGUGUUUGUGAAUGGCAAGCAUAUUGGAGGCUCUGAUGAUCUCAAAGUUGCGGUCGAUGAUGGUACACUGCAAAGGCUUCUAGCUGCAAGUUGA